GAGUUAUUGAAAAAAUACACAACUAAUGAUAUUAAAAAAUUAAGAUCACUUCUUUUUGAAUCAUUUGUACCUGACAACAAAGAAUAUAAUCAGGAUAUUCAUUUCUGCCUUGAGUAUAUCAAUACUGCUUAUCGCGGAAUUUUGCGUUUAUGGGAAAUGAAUGAAAAUCCUUUUGGUUCUUUAAAAUUAGAAGGAUGGUUUGGAAUGAAUGUCUGGAGCCGAAUUAUAGAUCCCGCAUUCAACGAUUUAAAUAUUGAUUUAAUUCGUGGGGAGGGAAUGAGUUUCGCUUCUAGCGAAAGAAAGAACAUCCAAAGAAAAAUUAAUGACCAUAAAAAAUUUGGCAAAAAAGGGGAUGGUGAUAAGGAUAUGCUAGAUAAAUUAAUUAGAGAAUGUAAGAUAAAAGAAUCUCUAAUAAAAAAACUAAAAGUAAUCGGAAUACUCCACGGUGCAAACAGGUUACAAGUUUUAACUGUAGAUCAUCCUAAAGGAUACAUUACUCGAAUUAACCGUAAUAAUGUUCAAGAA